AUGGCGGUCAAAUCGGCGCGGCGGGCGAAAUCCUCGCAGCACCGCCAAAUUUCCAAGGCCUGGAUCCCCAAACUGUUCCGAAACCCCAAGGUCGCCUCUGCCUCCGCCUUACUCGUCUUCGAUGCGGUCCUCACCGCCCUUAUCAUCGCCUACGUCCCCUAUACGAAGAUCGAUUGGGACGCGUACAUGUCUCAGGUUAGUGGAUUUAUUGGUGGAGAAAGAGACUAUAGUAAUUUGAAAGGAGACACAGGGCCACUGGUGUAUCCAGCUGGUUUUUUGUAUGCUUAUUCUGCUAUUCAGUAUGUUACUGGAAGCCAAGUUCAUCCAGCUCAGAUUUUGUUCGGGGUUUUGUACAUCGUAAACUUGGGAAUCAUGUUAUACAUCUACUUGAAGACUGAUGUGGUUCCAUGGUGGGCACUUGCCUUGCUUUGUCUAUCAAAAAGAAUGCAUUCUAUUUUUGUGCUCCGGCUUUUUAAUGACUGUUUGGCCAUGUUGCUCCUGCAUGCUUCAUUAGCCUCGUUUCUUCACCAAAGGUGGCAUCUAGGAUUGAUCAUUUUCAGUGGUGCUGUUUCAAUAAAGAUGAAUGUGCUCCUCUAUGCUCCACCUCUGCUGCUCCUCAUGCUGAAGGCUAUGGAUAUCAGUGGAGUUAUAUCAGCUUUGUUUGGUGCAGCUCUUGUCCAGAUACUGUUGGGGUUGCCUUUCAUCAUGUCUCAUCCGGUUGCAUACAUUUCAAGAGCCUUUAAUCUUGGCCGUGUAUUCAUUCACUUCUGGUCUGUUAAUUUCAAGUUCGUUCCUGAGCCAAUAUUUGUCUCCAAGGCAUUUGCAAUCUCUUUGCUGGUUGUACACCUUGUUCUACUUGCAGCUUUUGCUCACUAUAGAUGGUGCAAGCAUGAAGGAGGAGUUUUUAAAUUUUUGUAUUCUAGACUUGUUUCUAUAAAACUCAAAUUUGCUCUUACAAAUACCCGUUCCUACAAGGCUCUCAAGAAAGAAUAUAUUGUGACAACUAUGUUCGUUGGAAAUUUCAUCGGCAUUUUAUGUGCCCGAUCACUGCAUUAUCAGUUCUACUCUUGGUAUUUCCACACGUUACCUUAUCUACUGUGGAAAACGCCUUUUCCUUCCUUUCUACGGGUAAUAUUGUUUACCGGAGUGGAGCUGUGCUGGAAUGUGUAUCCUUCCAACCUUUACUCGUCAGCACUGCUUCUUGGUCUGCACUUAGUAAUAUUAUUUGGUCUGUGGUCUGCCCCAUCCGAAUAUCCUUAUGUUGACAAGAAAGUAUCAACUCAAGACAAACACAAAUGAAGCUAUAUAUGUUGAGUUUAUAGCAAAAGGAACUGCCGGCCUUUCUUCUGAUCUUUUAAAAACUGUGGAUUGGUUCUCUCAACAAAAGCUGUUGGUUUUAAUCCACUUGUUGUUUUUGUAUGGAUUUACAUCAGUUAUCGUCUUCUGUAGAGUACAAAUUACACACUGAGCACAAUUUGACAGCAACUAUAGGGGAAAAAAUAUCUACCUCUUUUUGUUA